AUUAGUCAUAACAUGUCAAAAUAAAUAUCAAAUAUUAUAAACGGCAUAAAUUAUGCAAUAUUUCAAAUUAAAUGGUCAUAACAAUUAGCAUAUAAAAUCUCCUUUAUGUUGAGUCAAACUUAACUAAUUUAAGUAAGACUAUUUUAAGGAGAAAAGAAAAAAAAACUGUAUAAAUACAAUAAGACUCAAGUAAAGGUUAUAUGCACAUAUUGAACAUUCCAGAAAAAAAAAAUGGGUAGCUGUAUGGAAGAAGGAAGUCAGCAAGUGGUGAAGGAAAGAGCCCAACAGCCGCCACCAGGAGCGACUUCUGCUCUGCGCCACCAGCCCGCGUUUAUUCCAGCUUCACCACUGUCGCGCCACGAAGCUGCGCCUCCCUCCGGCCACCAUAGCCACCAUAGCAGCCCGUGGUCACGCAUUCAUCUCUGUCAAUCGGCAUUGUAUAUUGCUCAAAAUCCGGUGUUUCACGAGCGUACUAAGCAUAUUGAGGUUGAUUGUCACUAUGUUCGUGACGCUAUUCAAGAAGGUAUUCUACGUACCUCUCAUGUCAAGACGGAUGAGCAAGUUGCAGAUUUGUUUACUAAAGCAUUGGGACAGAAGCAAUUCCGCUAUUUACUAGACAAGUUGGGCAUUUAUGACUUGCAUGCUCCAACUUGAGGGAGGUAUUAGGCCUUAUGUGUAUUUGGGUAACUAACUUUGGGCCAUUGUAUAGCCUUGGUAUGUCUUAGGCCCAUAUUUUGUAUAUAUAAACCUUACUAAAUCUAAUGAAUAGAAAGAGGGGAAAACAAUUUCUAUCAAGGUGGAUUUUCCACAACCACAAAACACACCACAGCGUUUCCCAAUAUCUAAUCUCAUCUUCAAUAUCAGACAAGUCGAUUUUAACAAACUUGGGGUUGGAAAUAGAAUUACCU